AAAACAAAAAAAAAGAGGUGCCCCAAAUAUUGAGCUUCCUUCGAUUUUUUGCCCCAAAUAUUUAGCUUCAUACACUAGAACUUUCUCCACUCUCUCUCUAAAAUUCCCCCAAUCUCACUCUCUCUCUCUCUAAAAUUUCCCCAAAUCGUUGAUAUUUCCUGAUUUUAAGUUAAAAAAGCUACAAAAAUCAGAUUGUAAGUUUAUACAGAGUAGAAAAUCGUCGAGUUCUUCAAGUUUCUACUAUCUAAGGCAGUUGGUUUUGAAGAAAUUGCUUUCGUUUCAAAGAAAUUACAUUUUGCUGAGAUAUUGUCCGAGCUUCUAGUGCCUUCUCCUCUUCUCUCGAUAAAGCUGCCAUUUUGUUUUAGGACCACCAAGUCAAAUGCAAGGCGAUAUGUAUAUAAUUCGAUGUGUAAGAAGUGGGGCGCAAGAAGGCUAAGUUGUUUAAUGCAGUUGAUGACCCACUUAAGAGCAGAGAUCAUAUAAGAGCUCAGGCAAUUAAUAAAGUUCCAGAUGGGAUUCCACGGGAUCAAUGGAUUUUUUAUGUUGAUUACCGCCUUAAAGGAAAAACAGGGAAAUGUGCAAAAAAAAAUGCGGAAAUUCAGAAGACAUAAACCAUUUCACACAUCGGUGGCUCCAAACCCAACUCCAGAAGAAGAGAUGAAAUGGUGAAAGUUUUUGCUUCAUUUUGGAUUACUUUAAUGAAACUAGAAAUUGUUCCUAGUUAGUUAAGUUAUUGUGACUUUGAUUUUUCCAUUUAUAGAUGGCUAAGAGCGGACAAAAUCUUUGACAAGGUAUCUUGCUACUCAUAGGAAUGAAGAUGGAGCAUAUGUUAAUGAGGCAGCAAAAGAGAUAUGUGUACUAGGAAAAGAGCAUUCUGGAUGGGUAAGGUGCUUGGAUUAGGAGCCAUCCCAAGCAGAGCAUUUAAACAAACAAGACCCCGUUAUAGUGAUUUGAAUGCUUCAACUUACAAUAAUGGUUCAUGUUCUUCUCAAUGGCAAGAGAAGUACAAUCAGAUGUUGAAUGCUCACAACAAAAGCCAAGACAACCUCAAUUUUCUGAUGAAUGCUCACACUGAAAUGAGGAGCACUUUCAAGAUGUAUAUGAUAAGGAAAGAAGGGAGAAUACCUGAAGAAUUUGUUGGGAUCUUUGUUUCUACUACUCCUCCUUCAACGUUUGAGGCAAUCCAGAGACUCGAGAACGCAGUUUUGAUUUAUUGGGAAGUGUGCUUGAAUUGUGAAUUUGAGAUACUGUCGUUGAGAACGAGGCUGGUAAUUGAAGACUUCGUGAGUGGAUUCUGUUGCUGAGGUGAGCCACCGCAUUGUUCGUGGAGGCAGUCAUUUCAGCUUUAUCUAGUUUAUUUCUAGUUAUUUCUUUUAUUUUGGGUUUACAUGCUCGACACUCAAACUCAUGUAACUCUCGUAAAUGCUCCAUGGUCUUAGCGUGGGAUGUGGGAUAGAGAUUGUUUUUAUCUUAGCGUUGAUUGGUUUUCAUAAAUCGAUUAUGGAUUUGGUUGACGACUAUUUCGCAUUUUUAUCAUUAAUAACGUUGUUGGACUUGCACUUA